CAGAAUCUUUAGAAUUACCAGCGGAAUAUGCGCGUUACCACCGACUACUUACAAUUGGGAAUUUUACUGCUAGCUUAUCGUCCCAGCAUCAAAAGGCUCUAGGCAGGUGAAUGCCAUCUGUGAUGAACUCUCAUGAAGCUGCACACGGGAGCUGACGUCCACAGUCGGCAGGAGACACCACUGCAGACCAAGGACAGUAGAGGAGCAGGGUCUUCUUCAAACACUGGAGACUUACCCUCCCCCUGACCGAAAUAACAUCCAACAUCAGUCACCAGCAAUGUCCAGUCGCAGGAAAUCCUUCACCCCCUGCAUGAUCCGGGUUAGUGACAUAAUAGAGCAGGAUGACUCUGACGAAAUGGAAGUGUCCACUGCCAAUGUGACUAAAAAUGGGUCUUCAGAGUCUGUGGAAAAUCAAGACCAUACAUUACAAGGCACUAUAGAAGAUCUAGGAAGUGCGAUUGAAGCAAAAGUUGUGGCGGAAGCUGAUCCUAUGCCCCAGCUGAGGCAGCAUGGAGGUUAUGAGUGCAAAUACUGUCCUUUCUCCACUCAGAACCUCAACGACUUCAAAGAGCACGUAGACUCCAGUCACCCCAAUGUCAUACUCAAUCCCCUCUACCUGUGUGCCGUGUGCAACUUCAGCACCAAAAAGUUUGACUCUCUUACAGACCACAAUGAGACCCAACACCCUGGAGAGACCAACUUCAAGUUCAAGAGGGUAAAAGUAAAUAACCAGACUAUCUUGGAGCAGACAAUCGAAGGCAAGACCAAUUCAGUUCUCUUCAAUACUGUAGACGGACAAGGUGGUAACGGCUUUGUCACUUUUCCACCGAGCAAACCAAUUACGGUGAAUAUCGGAAAGCCAAACAUGGACAACAUACCCUCUACAUACCCUCUACAACAUACAACAUACCCUCUAAAAUCCCUCUACCAAGGGAAUGAUUUGGAGAAGAGGUUGGAAAACUUUAUCCCAAAAGAUCAAAUCACAGCUGUGAACAUAAACGGCACAAUGAUCAUCCCUGAUCCAACAAUCAUUCAAGGGCUCUCGUAUGUAAUGCCAUUGCUUCAAAGACCACCCAAUUUGUGUUCUGUACCAACAAUUGCUGUUCCUCUGAACUCCACCAAAUAUAAUCCUUCACUGGACAAUAACACAACCCUAAUGACAUCUUUUAACAAAUUCCCUUACCCAACCCAUGCUGAGCUGUCCUGGCUAACUGCUGCGUCCAAGCACCCAGAGGAGCAAAUAAAGGUGUGGUUCACUACCCAACGGCUAAAGCAAGGCAUCACCUGGUCACCAGAGGAAGUCGAGGAAGCCAGGAAGAAAAUGUUUAAUGGCUCCAUCCCACCCAUACAUCAGACCUUCACCGUUCUGCCUACCCCAAUCUCUCAGCCUGCCAAAGCCACCCAGCCCCUUAUUCAGACUAGCUUUGGGCAGUCUAAUCUAGUACUGACAAGUAUUGCUAAUGGCUCAACCAUGACCUGUGCUCCUGUUGCAGUGACUGUAGCCAGUUAUGUGCAACCUCUCAAGCGACCCCUGACAACUUCCUCAUUCGCCCCAGAAUUAAAGCGCCCCAUGGCGGCCCCUGCAGAAGACCCAAAGGAGAAGAUACUAAUGGCCCCUCCAGUUCCACAAAAAGAGAGACUUCCCAUGGCCCCACCCCGAGUGCCCCCAGAAUUAAAGCGAUCUCUAGCACUUCCUAUUAUCGCCUCGGAGAUGAAAAGGUCCUCGGCAGCACCUCUCAUGGCUUCUAAAGGAAAACUGCCCUUGGCCACUCCACUUGUGAACCCCAAAAACCAGCUGCCAAUGGCACCUUCUCCAAUCUUCCCUAAAAUGAAGAGACCUAUUGUCACCCCUCAAUUCAAGAGUUACAUGCUGCCUCCUCCUUCAUUCGUUUCCAAAGACAAACUUCCAAUCACCCACUCUCUAUUGGCUUCAGAUUUAAAGUUACCAAUCUCACCCCCUCUCAUUGCCCCUCAAGUGAGGAGGCCAACAAUAAUCCAGUCAGUGUGGACUCCCCUCAAGGGCCCAUUCCAACUCCCUAGCUUUUCCCAAGACGGCAAGAAAACAAAAACGCAAAUAACAGAGAUGAAGGCCGGAUAUGUCAGAGGACGUCUCUCUGAGGACAAAGUGCUCACCCCUCUUGGGGAAGCCAAUGGUGUCUCUCGUGGGGAUGCAAAGUGGGUUCAUGACCAAGGGCCUCAUGCACAGAACGGCAUUCUACAGUUGUACAACGAGCUAGCAUCGAAACCAGAACAGCAAAAAUCAGUACAGACUCAAUUUCCACUCUUGGAGAGAAUGAAAGGGAAGACUUCUGAGCAGUUGAAGAUUCUAGAAGAGAACUUCCAGAGAAACAGCUCUCCAACAUACAAUGACGUUGACAAUCUAGUGACUGCAACCCAACUGUCGCGGGAGGAAAUUGACAGCUGGUUUUUAGAGCGGCGGGCGCUGCGUGACAACCUUGAACAAGCUCUUCUAAACUCCAUGGGCUCAAAGAGACUCAACGUUGAUAAGCGUCAGCAACAACACGGACCGCUGAAUGGUGUGCGCAAGCAAGGUGGCCAUCCAAGAAGCUCUCCCUUUGCCAUCAUUGCCCCCACCACCACUUGCUCAGUGCCUCUAGACAGCAAAUCCUUGGCUCUUCUCAAGGAUGUUUUUGCACAAACUCGGUGGCCUUCCCCUGAAGAAUACAAUCAGCUUGAGGCCCAGACAGACCUGGCUCGCACAGAAAUCGUCCGCUGGUUCAAGGACAGUAGGUCAGCACUGAAGAGUGGGACCUUGGAGUGGAUGGAGUUUUUCCAUAAACUGAACAGCAGUGGGCAAAAUGGCGAGGGGGCGCUACUGAGCACAGAGAAUGCUUUCAGCAUAAUCCAGCGCUACCAGGAAGUAAAGGCACCCAAGGUGGAGGAUAUUGGGAGGCUAACGGAGCAUGCCAGUCUUAGCAGCCAGGAGAUCAAGGAAUGGUUUGCCAGCAAAUUGAGACAAAACACAUCUGAUAUCAGCCAGAAUUGUGGCCAAAAUGGAGGCUCUCGAGAGGGGUUCGGGAGCUGGAUGGAGGAAACCAAGGGGAUGGAUGCACGCAUGGGUGCUAAGGAGCUGGUCUCGGACAAAGACAGGAUGAUGGAGGAUGCUUCUGGAAGGGUGACUGGAUAAAGGGUGAGAACAGUUGCCACUGUCAGUUGCACACAGGAGCUGAAAAGGAAAGAGUUUAAUUAUUGAAUAUUGUAUUUUCUGAACAAAUAAUUUCUUGCUUGUUCCAUCCCAGUUUGUGCCCAACAUUUCCUCAAGGUUGAGUUAACUUUGUAGAACGUUUUCAAAAACAUGGUGGUAAUGUUGUGUGUGAUUUAGGAUGAGGUAGAAGGCACAGUGCACUGAAUGUGUGCCUGAAGCACUGACCAGGUGGUGAUCGUUGAGUGCCAAAGCUGGAUUUGCUGCAUUAUUACACUUUUAAAAAAAGGUUUCUUGUAAAUAUAUUUUUUCUGUGUUGCUACAGAUUUGUACAAUUUUGGGGGAAUUUUGUUACAUUUUAUAAUGGGAGCAACUUGCCCCUUUUUUUUCGCUCCAGCUGAUCUUAGUGGUCUGUCCUACAUUUUGUAAUGAAACACCAUGAACCACUACAACCGUUGGCAAUAUUUCAGUCAGUUUUCCAAUGCUGAACUUCCGUUGCAGUUCCCUCCUGUCAGGUGGACUUAUAUCAAAUCAAACUAUUUACUGUUCUGAAGUGCUAUUGUACUCCCUGGACUCUAAGCCAACCUGCACUCUGGUAAGGAACAUGCAUGCUUGUUUGACCAAGUGAUGUUGUGGAUCAUUGUUAGAGAAAAGAAACGGUCAGUGGCAAAACCAGAAAGAAAUAAUCACAUUGAACAAAUCCAGAAUCAUGCUGCCUGCAUCAUAGUCUAAUCUCUUUCUCUAAUUGAUUUAUUUGUUGUCCUGCAAAUGAACAUACACAUCUGUAAUAGCCUUUAUACCUAUGUACAUGUUGACUUAAUAGAAGUAGUGCUAGUUCCGUUCCGACAUUAGAAACAAACCAAUACAAGCUCUUUAUGUACCGCUUUAGUGUCAUGGUCAAGACAUACAGUGCCUUCGAGAAAGUAUUCAGACCCCUUGACUUUUUCCACAUUUUCUUACAUUACAGCCUUAUUCUAAAAUUGAUUAAAUAUAUAAAA